GUUACAAUUGACGUCAAUUCUCGCCGGCGCAACACUUUCUCUACCAUGUUCUUUAUAUCAGGUCGCAUCCGAAAUGCCCGUUGACAUAUCUGCCUGGCUGUGCGAUAUUCCCAACGAUAGUCUCUGCGCUAGAGAAAUACCGGUUGAACCCAACCGCGUCAAACCCGUGACUGUUACUCGAAAGCGCAGGCGCGACCCUCUCACACCGCCGGACUUGCCCUUGUCCGUCAACUCAAUGCAGAACUCUCCGGACCAGGCAACAACACCUCGUGCCAAGCGAUUGCGGGUGGAUCAGUUGGCAGACGAUGGCGACGACUUGGACGCAGACGGCCCGACCCCGAAGCCACGGCGGCAACGCAACACCUUCGCCUCUCCCCCACCCGCAUUCACACGCUCUGAGUCCUCGGCCAGCCAGAGUACGAGCCAUCGCAGCUCUCGUUCUGGCAGGUCUUCACCCCAGAAACAUAUGGCUUCGCUAGAAUUGGUCGACAACGGCAUCAGGCAGCUCGGGUUCUCGUCAUCGGCUCUCCCGGCCGAAUUGAACGAGCUGUUGGCCCAGGUCCGUCGCUUUGCGCGAGGACGCGGCAUCUUGCCCCAAUCAUACAAGACAGAGCUUGCGACCCACAAACAGGCCUCCUACUUCGCCGAAAUAUGUGAGGAUGAUACUUGCUUCUCGCCCGCCCGGGACAACGUCGGCCCCGCUCCGACCCCAGAUUCCGUCCUGCGUGUCUUGUCUCGAGCCCUCGAGUGCCAAGUCAACUAUCAUCCUGAAGCCACAUGGAACAUGAUGGUGCAUUACGAAAUACUGUGUACAGCGUUAAGGUCAAACGGCGUGCCUGAGUUUACCGACUUCUUAUACUUCAUGCCAUGCACAACCGCGAAGAUUAUUGGCAAUUACUUGCCACCCACCUCGCCCUUCAAGCAGAUUGAUUUUUGUCUCUACUUUGACCCCAAAUUUGAGCCCCAAGACGCUGCCGCCACGACUACAACUGGAUCAGACGCAGCCACAGCUGCUGCCAUUACCGCAACCCCCCAGACCAACAUUGCGACAAUCAUAGCUAAGCUCCGAACUUCCCUGCCGGAUCAGAGCAUCAACCACACCGACUUCCUCCCACUGCGCAAUCGUCUGAUCGCUCUCAGCAUCGAGACCAAGAAGACUGGCGAGGGCUGGGACAGCGCGACCCUGCAGAUGGGCGUAUGGCAUGCGUCGCAGUGGCAGUUGCUGCAUCGGCUGGCGAGCCGGAAGGGAAAUCCCCUGCCCGCUUUCCUUCCGGGCAUCAUCAUCCAGGGACAUGACUGGAAUUUGGUGGUGACUACGUGGGAGAGCGGCCGCACGAACCUAUAUACAAAGAUCACAUUCGGAUCUACUAGCGAUGUCAUGGGUAUCUACCAGAUCGUAUCGACGUUGCAGUACCUGCGACACUGGGCUUGUACUAGCUAUUGGGCAUGUGUAAGGCAUAUAAUCGAAUCUUGUUCCACAUAAAAGAAACCUUACAUCUGUCUCUAAGAUACCCCAACCACAGUGUUAGCCACUGUUCCUCCGUAAUA